AUGCUGUCGUUAGUUAUAUUUCUGCUGCUAGCAGUCCAGUCCUGCUGCGGAGCUGGUGUGCUGGUGCUGUACCAGCCUCUGGACGUGACCGCGGCCUGCGUGGCGUCGUCCCGGCUACGGUACGACACUUCCUUCGGCAUGGGCAUGUCAGAUACCAUCACUUUGGUUUUCCGCACACUCGCCGAGGUCGACUACCAGUGUGAAGUGGAAAUCGUGACGGAAAGGAACUACUUCCUGCUUGUUGUGAUAAAGUUCCCGAUGCCGGUGUCUCGGAGCUGCCAGCUCGGCCAGAACGCCGUCAACAUCCUCCGUCGGGGGACCAGCUGCAACCUCUGCGAGAUGGUGGACCUUAGGGUGUCUGAUGACCUCUACUUCUCGGCCGUGGCCAAAACACGGAUCAAGUUACAGAUGACCAAUAAUAAUACUUUGAAUAAGAUUGCUGAUAACUUCUACCAAGUGACGGCGACGGCGGCGCGGGCGACCAACGACUCGGACUGCCCGCUCAGCAACGAGACCCUGUGCACGUUCCAGGAUCGCAACUACUGCUUCACCAGCGGCGUCUUCUGUGACGGCAUACGGAACUGCGGGGUCGGGGAUUGGUUUGACGAGACCCGCGAAGUAUGCGGUCCACACGGAGACAAGCUCAGUCCCUUAGCUGUAGCCACCGUGGUCGCGGCCAUACUCCUGGCUGGCCUGGCCCUGUAUCGUCUGCUGCUGAGCUGUCUACCCUCGGCCUCGGACACAUUCUUCACAUUCUCGGCCAUGGAAGACAACAGGCUACGGAUAGACCCCGUUGUUAAGCCACCGUUGAGGGAGCACAGUGAAUUCAAGGAGAAGGAAUCUUGGGUUGAGAAUUCCCCUUCAUCUUCAACCACAAGCUCUGACAGCGCUGGCCAUCCAGACGUGAUUGAGGAGGAGCUGAAUAACCUCAGCAUGAAGAGAGCUGCUGCUGCAAGCCCUAUGAUCAAAGAGAUGCAAGCAUUGGAGCUGAUGGAGGUAGACCAGGGCGCAGGGAGGACCUUCAGCUCAGGGCUUCGGAGGCUCACGGUCAACAUACGAGGGAAGAUUCUGUCCUUCAUCAGAACACCAACUUUUUUCGGCUCCACGCAAGCGGAUAGUACUAUGAAAUCUAAUAAUUGAAGAUUAUUUAACAUGUUAUGCAAGAUUAAAUCCACAAUUUAACGGAUUAUAAUUAUGGUUUGACUAGUGAAGGGGUACGAACCUACGUAAUUAUCUAUUGAUAUGUGAUGAAAAAUCGCUUAUAUACUAAUUCAAAUAAAGCUAAAAGUGAUGAUAACAAUGGGAUUUUUCUCGUGCAUGAAACAACACCUGCAUAAAUAUUUGAAUUUCACACAUUUUUAAACAACCACGCAAUACGCUUUGUGAUCAUUGCUUUAUAAAAGCGUGACAUGGAACUACAAGGUAUUCUAGAAUUAUUCCAAAUCCUAGACUACCCAGUGGUAGUUCUUCAAACAAAAAUACUAGAGUUAGCUUAGGCCGAGUAAGAUUCGAUUCAAAUACGGCAUGUCUAUUUUGCGUGGGGGUGAUUAACACUGCAAUAACCAAUAACCAAAUAAUUUUAAUAUUACCUCAUAUCUUUGAUAACUGGCCGAAACAGCGUGUAGGUUUGCUUUAUUUAUUUAACUGCUAAACAACUUAGCUCGUUUCUGUACUUAUCGAAGUCUAAAUCGCUCUUGGCAGCGUUACAUAAGGAUAGAUAAGAAUGCGAUUUGUAUAAUAAUGGUUGUUUACAGAUUAACUCUGUUGAUGAAAACCCUAUUAUAACUGUUCUACCUAUAAACUCUA